CACUGAACUCAAAUUUUUGUAAUAUUUUGGAGGGACAUCCAAAAUCCAAAUAUCCCCGAUCCAUAAAAAAAAUCAAAAUAAAAUAUUAUUAGUUGUAUACUAUUACUUUUUCUUCCGAUUGUUUUUUUAGAGAGAGAAAACAUAAAUUUGAACAAAGUACAGAACGAAGCCAGGUCGGAGAGAAGACGGAUUAGAAAGAAAAAAUAAACCCUAAGGCUACAUUUAAAAAUCUCUUUCUCUCUCGUACUAUAUCGUUCGAAUUUACUCGUCUUCAAGAAAUUUGAAUUGAUUGUGGGAGGAGGAGAUCUAGGGUUUGUGUAAUUAAAUGGGAGAGCAGAAAAAUAGAUGGAACUGGGAAGUACCUGGUUUUCAACCAAGGAAGUCAUUUGAGUUAUUAGAAGAUGAUGAUGAUAUUAAUAAUGGUUCAUUAUUAAGGAGAUAUUCGGUUUCUACAGCUUCAGUCAUACCAUCAGCUCAUUCUUCUCUGCUGGUUUCUAAUAAGCAGAAUUUGGCUUCUAAAGUUGAUAAAAUCAAAGACAAAGUUAAGAGGGCCAAAGAAGACUACUUGGAAUUGAGGCAAGAAGCCAACGACUUGCAGGAGUACUCGAAUGCGAAACUUGAUCGAGUUACACGUUACUUGGGUGUUCUUGCAGAUAAAACUCGUAAAUUAGACCAAGCUGCCCUUGAAACCGAGGCUAGAAUAUCUCCGCUUAUAAUUGAGAAGAAAAGGUUGUACAAUGACUUGUUGACAGCAAAAGGAAACAUUAGGGUGUGUUGUCGCACAAGACCACUAUUUGAGGAUGAGGAUUCGUCUGUUGUUGAAUUUCCUGAUGAAAUUACAAUUCGUGUUAACACUGGCGAUACUUCUUUCUCCAACCCAAAGAAAGAUUUUGAAUUUGAUAGGGUUUAUGGACCUCAUGUUGGACAAGGGGAGCUUUUCCAAGAUGUUCAGCCAUUUGUUCAGUCAGCAUUGGAUGGAUAUAAUGUCUCCGUGUUUGCUUAUGGGCAAACUCAUUCUGGAAAAACACACACCAUGGAAGGAUCCAGUCAAGAGCGUGGCUUGUAUGCUCGAUGUUUUGAAGAGCUAUUUGAUUUAUCAAAUUUAGAUUCGACUUCUACUUCUCUCUUUACGUUUUAUGUCACAGUCUUUGAGCUCUAUAACGAACAGCUACGAGAUUUGUUGCCUGACAAUGAUCUGCCAAAAGUGCGCAUGGGGUCAGCAGACUCUUUUGUAGAACUUGUGCAGGAGAAAGUUGAAAAUCCAGUGGACUUCUCCAAAGUCCUGAAAGUGGGAAUUCAGAAUAGGGGCACAGACACAUCAAAAUUCAAUGUCUCUCAUUUGGUCAUCACUAUUCAUAUACAAUACAGCAAUUGGAUCACUGGUGAAACUUUAUACAGCAAGCUUUCUCUUGUAGACUUGGCAGGAAGCGAAGGUUUGCUCAUGGAAGAUGCUACUGGAGAGCAUGUUACCGACUUGUUGCAUGUGACGAAAUCGCUAUCUGCUUUGGGUGAUGUCUUAUCUUCGUUGACCUCAAAGAAGGAGGUGAUACCUUAUGAGAACUCAAGACUCACAAGACUGCUCGAAGAUUCAAUAGGUGGAAGCUCAAAAACAUUGUUGAUCGUAAAUGUCUGUCCCAAUGCUUCUAAUCUGCCUAAGACACUGUCAGCUCUUACUUUCUCUGCAAGAGCUCGGAGUGCUGAGCUAAGUCUUGGGAAUCGAGAUACCAUUAAGAAAUGGAGAGAUGUUGCAAAUGAUGCCAGGAAGCAGUUGUAUGAAAAAGAGAAGGAAGUUCAAGAUCUAAAGCUAGAGUCUCUGGGACUAAAGCAUGAGCUUAAAGAUGCAAAUGAGCAAUGUAUUCUUCUUUUCAAUGAAGUACAGAAGGCCUGGAAAGUUUCUUUUACAUUGCAGGCAGAUCUGAAGUCAGAAAAUCUGAUGCUGUCCGAAAAGCAUAAAAUUGAGAAGGAUCAAAACGCACAGCUCAAAAAUCAAGUUGCUCAUCUUUUACAACUGGAGCAAGAUCAGAAAAUUCAGAUGCAAGAACGCGAUUCGACAAUUCAGGCCCUACAGGCGAAAGUUAAGAGUAUUGAAUCACAGCUAAAGGAAGCCAUCCAAACUAGUGAUGCAAGGUCAACUGUUGGAUCCCAAUCUGGAUCUAUUGGUGCUUUGUCGACUUCCAUGGCAGCUGGGGAUGAAGUAAAUUCCUCAGCAGUUACCAAGAAGCUUGAAGAAGAACUAUCAAAACGAGAUGCUCUUAUUGAGAGGUUGCAUGAAGAAAAUGAGAAGUUGUUCGAUCGAUUAACAGAAAAAGCUUCAUUAGCGGAAUCAUCACAGGUAUCAAGUCCAUCAGCUAAAGGGUUGGCUAAUCAGACAGCGAGCAGGAAUGUUCAAAGCAAAGGAAAUCCUACAGAUGUACUUGCAUUGCCCGCGCCAGCAGAGAAGACGAAUAGCUCAGUUGCACUGGUUAAGUCAGGUAAUGAUAAAGUGAAAAUGACUGCAGCUGGAGAGUAUCUGACCGCAGCCCUUAUGGAAUUUGAUCCUGAGCAAUAUGACGGCCUUGCUGCUCUUGCCGAUGGAGCCAACAAGCUUUUAAUGCUGGUUUUAGCCGCAGUCAUUAAAGCAGGUGCUUCAAGAGAGCACGAGAUACUUGCUGAAAUCAGAGAUGCUGUUUUUUCAUUUAUCCGUAAAAUGGAGCCGAAAAGAGUGAUGGAUACGAUGCUUGUUUCUCGUGUUCGAAUUUUGUAUAUAAGAUCAUUACUUGCUAGGUCUCCGGAGUUACAAUCCAUUAAGGUUACUCCAGUUGAGCGUUUCUUAGAGAAGGAUACUGGUCGCAGCAGAAGUUCCAGUCGAAGUAGUAGUCCUGGUAGGUCUCCUGUGCGUUAUGACUCUAGUACCAGGAACGCUCUGAUUGAGGAGCACAUACAUGGGUUCAAAGUAAACAUUAAGCAAGAAAAGAAGUCAAAGCUCUCAUCGAUCGUAUUGAAGUUGCGAGGAAUUGAUCAGGAGACCUGGAGGCAGCAUGUAACCGGUGGUAAAUUAAGGGAAAUCACUGAGGAGGCGAAAAGUUUUGCAAUUGGUAACAAGGGGCUCGCUGCUGUCUUUGUCCAUACCCCAGCCGGUGAGCUGCAACGUCAAAUCAGAGCUUGGCUUGCAGAGAACUUCGAAUUUCUUUCUGUUACUGGAGGUGAUGCUAUGUCAGGGUCAGCUGGACAGUUAGAGCUUCUUUCAACCGCUAUUAUGGAUGGAUGGAUGGCCGGUCUUGGAGCCGCACUUCCACCCAAUACAGAUGCUCUGGGACAGCUCUUAUCUGAGUACUCAAAGCGGGUCUACACAUCCCAAUUGCAGCACUUGAAGGAUAUCGCGGGUACCUUAGCAACAGAAGAGGCAGAAGAGACUGCACAAGUGGCUAAGCUGCGCUCUGCUCUUGAAUCUGUUGACCACAAGAGAAGGAAGAUUUUGCAACAACUGCGGAGUGAUACUGCUCUAUUACGAGUAGAAGAAGGUGGUUCACCAAUUCGAAACCCUUCUACUGCGGCUGAAGAUGCAAGACUGGCUUCUCUCAUUUCCCUUGAUGGCAUGUUGAAGCAAAUCAAGGAUAUAAUGAGAUUAUCAGCUGUAAGCUCACUGACUAAAAGUAAGAAGAAGGCGAUGCUUGAAACUUUGGACGGAUUAACCGAACAGAUGCCUUCUCUUCUUGACAUCGAUCAUCCUUGUGCCCAGAGACAAAUAGCGGAUGCUCGUAGUGCAGUAGAGUGCAUUCCUGAGCAAGAUGAUCGUCAGCCUGAAGAAUCACGGGCUCCUCACCCAUCUGGAGAUUGGGGGCGAACUGCAGAGAUUGAUGUUAACCAGUGGAAUGUUUUGCAGUUCAACACGGGUUCGACAACCCCAUUUAUCAUCAAGUGUGGGGCAAAUUCCAAUUCAGAGCUGGUAAUCAAAGCAGAUGCUCGUGUACAAGAACCUAAAGGCGGGGAGAUUAUUAGAGUUGUACCAAGACCCACGGUUCUUGCUAAUAUGAGUUUGGAGGAAAUGAAGCAAGUAUUCAACCAACUCCCAGAAGCACUUAGCUUGCUAGCACUAGCAAGGACUGCUGAUGGAACACGUGCCAGGUAUUCUAGAUUGUACAGGACAUUAGCUAUGAAGGUCCCAUCAUUGAGGGAUCUUGUCAGUGAGCUUGAAAAGGGGGGAGUUUUGAAAGAUGUAAAGUCAUGAAUGUUACAAUAUCCACGUGUAUUUGUUGUUGUACCGAGUGUCUCCUUUCUGUUCGUUCUCAUGUCUCAUGGAACAGCUUACCCCUCACAUUUUCACCAGAGAUGUAUAGCUUAGUGAGAGCUAACGCUAGGUUUUGUUAAUACCAUUCUGUUUGUAGCAGUCCUUUCCGCCACUUUGGUACUGCAACCAUAUUGUUAUUUUUGUUAUAGUAUCAUAUUUUUAUUUCUGUGUCUGAAAA